CCAGCCACUCACUCACUCACCCACUUACCAACCCUCUCUAACUCUCUCCUUCUGAAAUGGAAAAAUGAAAUAGUUGACAAGCUUGUCCAACAGUGCAUGUUAAUUUCCCCAGAUGUUCUUCUGUCUCCGAAGUGAAUACUUCAGAGCUCUCUUACGGGAUCACUUCCACGAAGCAGACUGGUGUAAUUCAUCCGGCAGUCAAAUUCCUACAGUCACACUUCACAAUAUAUCAGCAGAGGUGUUUGCCAUCCUUGUACACUACCUAUAUUGCAAUCAGACUAAUGUGUCAUUAGAGAAUGCAAUGGAUGUCAUGGUUGCAGCAGACAUGUUACUGGUGCCAGGGUUGACUCGACAGUGUGGAGUGUUCCUGGGGACGCAGCUUCAGAUUGAGAAUGUUAUUACAGUCCUCCGAUUAGCACGAAUGUUCCAACUUCCACGUCUGGAGGAUCAGUGCGUUGCUUUUAUGGCCAAAAAUCUUGAACAGGUUCUGGAACUCCAAGAGCUACAUGACCUAGUGCUGGCUGAUGCAGCAGAGGUCCAGGGCCGUCAGGAAACAGACACAGUCACCAUUGUGGAUGAACUGAGGUACCACAUCUCAUCAGCGGUGCAGAGCACAUCUGAAAUCUAUGAAGCAAGGACAAAGCUCGAAUCUUUGGAAGCUCUCUUGGAAGAUUUGGGAAUUGAGGCUUAAGCUUUAAGCUGCAAGGGUCUUUUGCUUGAAUAGGCAGUUGGGCAGUUGAAUUAUGUGAGCUAGCAAUUUGGCACCAGUUUGACCAUCCCUAGCAAGGAUAGUUCUGUAUUUAUUCCAUCAUAUGAUGGGAGUUGGAUUUUUUUCUUAAAGAAAUAGCCUUACAGAUUAUUUAUCAGUGGCAGAUAAGGGUAUCAGAAUUUUGAUGCUGCUUAUACCGUAAGCUUUUCCUUGUUCAUAAUAAUGACAUUCUGAUUUGUCAUUCAUGCUAUAUAUCUUUUAGGAUCAUUUUCCAAGCUGUUAAAUAGGUGAUAGUGUAGAAGAAUGGGAAAUGUGUAACAAUAAUCCAUUUUGCUAAUGUUGGCCUAUCUAGGUCUUUUGAGUUAAGAAAGCAGAUUCUUUUAUGGUAACGAAAUUUAAAUCCUUCUUAUACACUGUUGAUUAAUUUAUAUAUGGUCUGAUGACUUAAAGGGACUACUACAUUUUUUAAUUUUAUUCAACUAUUUUUUUUUAACUAUCAUAUUCUCUCUCUCUCUCUCUCUCUCUCUCUCUCUCUCUCUCUCUCUCUCUCUCUCUCUCUCUCUCUCUCUCUCUCUCUCUCUCUCUCUCUCUCUCUCUCUCUCUCUCAAAAUAUACUUUCAGUUGCUCACCUACAGACAAUAGAAAUCUUGAUAAAGUUGAUAGAAAUCUUUUAUUGUAAUUUUUUGCAGUUACUUUUUUUGUGAGGGAGUAUUCAACAUUUUGAACAUUUGCUGUUUAGAAUUGUAGACACAUAUUAGGGCAUAGGGACAAAGAGGAAGAAAAAUUUGGACCAAGAUUUUUGUCGUUAUAUUUUUAGAAACAAAAAAGACAACAAAAAGUAUAUAUAUAGUCUUACUUCAUUAUUCAAAACACUUGACCAAAGAACAGGAGAGGAAGGUGAUUUGGCAUUGAAGAAACUUUUAACAGAAUUCACAUCUAUCCAAAUGUAUCUUUAAAUUCUAGAAAGAAAAUUAUGCUGUUGUGUUGUUACUCCCAUCAGUUCACUUGGAAUUUGAUUUUUUAUUCUUUCUUUCUUUCUUUCAUUCAUUAUAAACAAGAUAAGAUUUUCCUUGCAUCAUCAAUCUUAUUACAAUUUGUUUCUCUUCUUUUAAUAACCAAAGAUUACAUGCACACUGUGGCUUCCAGUGACCUAUAUUUCAAGCCAUUAUAUUUCUUACAAACAGUGAAUGAGCAGUAUCACUAUGCAGUGUGAUGAGGUUUGCAGUGAAAAAAAAAAAUAUGUGUCAGUUUAUCACAGAACAGAAUGUCAUUUCAAUGAUAAAGAGAAAAAAUAUUCUUGAAAAUUUAAAUACAAUAGGUACUUGGUAUCUUUAAUGGUAGAACACCAUUACAUUAUUUAUGUAUUUGAACAUGGACAUUGAUGACCAUUCAAAGAGGAAUGGUCAAAGAUAAACAUGGAUUAUGAAAGGUUAUAGAGAAAAAUGCUUCAGGGUCAAAUUCAGAAUUUAUUUGUGAGGAAAAGGCCUAAUAUUUGAGGUUAUCUCUUUGAGUUGUCUAUAACUUCCAUUCAGUCAAAAAUGUAUAAUCCAAUUGACAGUUAGGAUGAAAAAGCCAAAGUUUAUUUUGUCUUGAUGAAGAAUUUAACUUUGUAGAUUUGUGUACAUAACAUUCAAUGAAGAUGAACAUUGCAGAUUUGUGUGUUUCGAUUCUUCAAUUGUACAUUUUAUUUUUGUGAUAUAUGAUAAAAUAUAAUGUUAUGUACUUUAUUGGUAGUCACAUUAACUGAAAAAUUUAAAUAUAUUAUACCCAUAUAACAGUAACUAUCUGAAACACCAAAACAGUUAAUUAAUUACAUGCUGAAAAUAUCCAACAGAAUUCUCUUAGAGACUUUAUUAUAUUUUGUUAAAUGUACAGUGAUUGUUAUAUUAAAGUUUGUAUUUAUAGUCUAUUAAUGCUCUUGUGCAUUUAAUGCUUUUAUUUUUCAUUACACUGGAAAGGUGUAAGAGGUGCACUAUCAUGUGAAUUUGCAUGACAGCAAUAAAUAAGAAUUUUCUCUUGUUUAUGUAUAAAAUUCAUGCCUUCAGUUGUUGAAAACUAACAGGAAGUGUUAUAAGGUGUACAAACCGUCUUUUUCAGUUUUCCCAACCACAAAAAAAAUGGUUGGAGACACUGAACACAUUUACUUUAUGUAGAGACCUAAUGGCCAUGGCUGGUGACAGAUCUAAAGCCCCAGCUAUUCCAAACACCAAAUGGAAAAAGAGAAAAAGAAGAAAAAUGUGUAUAUAUAGUACAUGUAUGUAUUUAUGUAUACUUAUUCUCUUCUCUUUUCUCUUUUUUACUGUUUUCAUCCCCCCAUUGAAAGCUAAAGAUUUUAUGAAUUCUCUUUUUUCUUGACCAUGCCCAAAACAAUAAUAUAAUGCCACAAAUACCUCCACCCAUGAUCUCAGAAACACUUAAAUGCACAAUGCACGAAAGGGUUAAUAGCAUAUUAUAUAUAUAUAUGUAUAUGUAUGUAUGUAUAACUCUCACACAAACACACAAAAACACAGAAAAACACACGCAAACAUGCACACACACACAUAUUCAUAUCAUAAUGGUAAUUGUCAUUAUAUACCAUCUCAAAGGCAGAUCUUGCUCAGUGUCAAGACAAAAUGACGUGUGGUAAUCCAAAAGCACUGUUAAAUAUUUAUUAAUUUUAAUGUUAUUUUUAAUAUACUAAAGGUAUUUCUUUAUUGCUAAUAAAUAUUAAAGAAUUUUGUACUGUUAUCACAAAGCAAUAGAUUUCAGAGAAUAUAUAAUGUAUGUUGUAGGUUUAUCUACAUGUAUGAUUUUUCACAAUAAGACUCCCAUGAAAAUAGUUCAUACAGAUAUUUAAAUAUAAACUUAUACAUGACUAAGCAUGUAUAGUUUUAAAAGUAAAACAAGUUAAAGCAUUCACAGAAUUAAUGAAUUUUAAAACAAAUUAAAUAAAAUCAGUGUUUAUAUCCCAGAUGAUGGUUUUCUGAUUUGUGUAUUUUUAUAUCCAUCUAAUCAUUUUUUACAUUUCAUACACGAUACAUUGUGUAUUUCUGAUUGUAUAUUUAUCUUCUAAUGCAUAUUUAUGAAUGAUUAACCCAGUGCCACCAUGUAUGGUAUGUAUGCACAUACCAUGCCCUCGGCGAGUUUAGUUCAUUAACUGUAUUUACACAGAUGGCUAAAUAAGUGUUUAGUCAUCAAUGAGUCAUUUACUAGUCUGACCUAUCUCAUUUGUUACCUUUAACCUUGAUUUUCGGAAAUGUUUUAUUUGAUUUAUAUUACUAUUACUAUUGUUGAUAACACUGUAAUAAUUAUAAUGUCAAUAAUAAUAAUAAAACCAUCCAUAUUUAUAGCUUUAGAAAAAAAAAAAAAAAAAAAAAACAGGAAUGUGAUGGUGUCACAUGUACUGAUUGCCUCCCUUGGUGGCUGAGGACUUGUACAGCCAUCUGCGGGUAGAUACAUUUCACAAGACAAUAACAGAGUGAACACGUUUUCCCGAAAGCAUUGGGUUAAUAAGGUCCACAUGACUGUAUUUCCUUUAAUUUAUUGCCUUGUUAUCUCACAGAUUAUAUACAGCCAAAUAAAUAUUGAUUCUGGUA